UUCGUUUCAGGAAUGAUUUAGUGUUCAUAACCUAUAGCAACUUAUCCUAUCUCAGCUUAGCUUUACAUGUCAGAACUUCAGACCGUAUUUUUUUUUAAUACAAAUCAGACGCGCAGUAAAGAGCUUUUCGUUUGGCUUGCUGUUUCUCUUCCGUUAGCGCGUGCACUUCGCCCCGUUUAUCAUCUGCCGAAAAGACCUGCGCCAUUUAAUACCUCCUGCCUUUUCUGUGCAACUUUUUAUAAAAAAAAAAAAAAAAAACCCUGAAACUUAACAACAACAAAUGACAGUCUUUCUGAUGAAAAUGUAAAUAACAUUAAACAUGCGUUAUAGUUGGCGGAUCAAGUUUCAGCCAGCUGCAGGGUUUGCGCGAAAUAGAUAACGGAGUGAUUUUUAUUAUUAUUAUUAUUAUUAUUGGAUUAAUGUUUUUUGCGUCCAAUCUGCUAUCUGAUCAAGCAGCAAAAAAAAGAAAAAAAAGAUCUGGUCUGAUGGACAUGGUGCUGAGUUUUGUGACCGCAGUAAAGCACUUUCACAGCCGGAGUCACUGUGCGGGGUUCGAGGAGGCGUCACUGCCACAACACCUCGGCUUCACAUCCUUGAGAGAUGGAUUGUUGGCUGAACCUCAGCAAUAAUCCAGCCAAGAAUAUAUCUUUAAGAGAUCAUCCCAUGAGAGGCCUGCUGCAGACGCCAGGGAGCAGCGGACCCACCAGUUCCUCUUCCAGUGACGUCUCGAACAAACUGAGCAGCGUUAACGUUCACACGGAGCCAUCGAUGGGACACAAUGCUCACGAGCCAGACGCUAAAACCUUCAAGAUGCAGCAAAAGAUGAAGGAAGGCUUUAACCCCAAGGAUAACCUGGCUCUCUUGGAGGAGAGCCUUGCCAAUUUGAACCGCAACUCGAGUUCAGAAAACAUGUGCUUUCGAACCCCUGACACCUUCACAUUCAAAAUGGAGGAGUUUUCCUCUUUGGAUAAAUCUGACUAUGACUUUGGCUCCUAUGACCAGACGGAAAAAAAUGAGUCUGGGAACGUAAGACUGAUAGAAGAGAGCACGCUGGAUAUCCUACAAAGUCUGGAGCUGCCUCCUGGCUCUCUUACAGACCUCAACGAGUUCUGUGUGACAAACGACGAUGCUUUUUUCCCGUCCCUGUCGGUGGAGGACGCGUCACUCGCAGAUAGCAGCAUGCUGAAGGAUGGCGAACCUGCUCUGCCUAGGAAAAACAUUAAUGGGAAUGAUAAAACACAUCCACAGCAGAUUCUGGAACAUGACCUCAAUGUUCCUGUCAUAAAGACAGAGAAAGAUCCAGAUUUUAUUCAGUUGUGCACACCUGGCGUGAUCAAGCAAGAAAAUGAGAGGAGAGGCUACUGUCAGAUGACGGCAAUGUCCAGCAAUCCUGGAGCGUCCAUCAGUCUGAGCAUGGACAGCCAGCCAUAUCACUAUGGAGUCAGUGCCUCUUUACCGAACCAGAAGCCUGUGUUAGGUGUAUAUGGCCCUUCGGCAACUGGAAAUGAUAGCUGGAUUCAGGGAAAUGGAUUUAGAGACACGUCCGUGAUACAGAGAGCCAACAGGUCUGUGUCUCAACCCGGCCCUUCCACCUACACAUGCAGCAGUGCGGUGCUGAGGCCGGAUGCCGCCGCUUCGAGCUCGUCUGGUUCGGCUCGACCCAAAGGCCCAAACAGUAAGAUCUGCCUGGUGUGUUCGGACGAGGCGUCAGGGUGCCACUACGGCGUUCUGACCUGCGGGAGCUGCAAAGUUUUCUUCAAAAGAGCUGUAGAAGGAUGGAGAGCACGGCAAAACACACACGGUCAACACAACUAUCUGUGCGCCGGCAGAAACGACUGUAUCAUCGACAAGAUCCGCAGGAAGAACUGCCCGGCUUGCCGCUUCCGCAAAUGCCUCCAAGCGGGCAUGAACCUAGAAGCACGCAAAAAUAAGAAGCUGAUCCGUCUGAAAGUGCAGCAGGCUUCAGCCGAGCCUUCGUCCUUUGUGGCCAGCGAGCAUCAGCCCUCACUGGUGCUCAAGUCCAUGCCUCGGCUCGUUCCCUCCAUGCUGUCACUGCUGAAGGCCAUCGAGCCUGAAAUCGUGUACUCUGGCUACGACAGCACCAUCCCCGACACCUCCACACGCCUCAUGACCACCCUGAACCGACUCGGGGGGCGACAGGUCAUCUCCGCCGUCAAGUGGGCCAAAGCUCUGCCAGGUUUCCGGAAUCUGCACCUGGAUGAUCAGAUGACUCUGCUGCAGUGCUCCUGGCUGUUCCUCAUGUCCUUCAGCCUCGGUUGGAGAUCUUACCAGCAGUGUAACGGAGGCAUGCUGUGCUUCGCCCCUGACCUCGUCAUUAAUAAGGAGAGGAUGAAGCUGCCUUACAUGAGUGAACAGUGUGAGCAGAUGCUGAAGAUCACCAACGAGCUGGUGCGGCUCGAGAUCUCCUAUGAAGAGUAUCUCUGUAUGAAGGUGCUCCUGUUGCUCAGUACAGUACCGAAGGACGGGCUGAAGAGCCAGGCUGUGUUUGAUGAACUCCGCAUGUCUUACAUUAAAGAACUGGGUAAAGCCAUCGUCAAACGGGAUGAGAGCAACAGCCAGAACUGGCAGAGGUUCUAUCAGCUCACCAAACUUCUGGACUCCAUGCAGGAGAUGGUAGAGGGACUGCUCAACUUCUGCUUCUACACGUUUGUGAACAAGUCCCUGAGUGUGGAGUUCCCUGAGAUGCUGGCUGAAAUUAUCACCAACCAGCUUCCCAAAUUCAAAGACCGGAGCGUCAAGCCACUUCUCUUUCAUCAAAAAUGACUGCCUUAGAUGACGAUGCCUUAAACUCCACCAGUAGCCUAACAGCCCUGAGUAGAUCUUCAGCAAUCAUGGCUUCACUGAGUGACACUGCAUGUUUUUCUUUCUUUUCUUCUUUUUUUUUUUGGAGUGUGUGUGUGUACAGUAUGUGUGUGUGUUUGUGUGAGAGAGAGAGAGAGAGAGAGAGAGAGAGAGAGAGAGAGAGAGCAGGAAAGUUAAAGUGUUCAUAGCAUAGAAGUGGACUGUAGAUAAUAUACACACACACACACACACACACA